AUGCUCAGUCGCCAUGCAUCUGCCUCUUCCUCAUCCCGCAAGCUUGUGAGCCAACGUUUUGCUUUCGCUCUUGCUCGCAGUCAACCACGGCGACUGGUCUCACAACCAUCUCUCACAUAUGAUCAUUUAACAUCCUCCCAUUCCACCGCCGACCUCGCCUCGCCCUACCGUUCCGGCUUCUCCAAUCUUGGCCUACGCUCCAGCAAACCUCCAGAUUCCAUCCCGGAUUCAGACCCAAAAACAUCCUCUGAAAUACCAGACCAAGACUGGGAGCUUCGCACAGGACGCGCUAUCUACGUAUUACAACAAACAUUGCCCGAUUUCUUCGCCACGGGACUCAUCACCUCCAUCGACAAAAGGACAGGGGCACCAGUAGCCCCAUCCACCAGCAUCCCAAUAGCCAGCGCCAAUCCCCUCGAUGACCUCACCUUCGACGACGACGCAGAGUCCAUCUACAGCCCAUUCGUUCAGUCGUUCUAUACACCCCCCGUCCCACUCCCAGCCCCAUUCCCCAAGACCCUCCAUGUAGAAGGCCUUCAGCUGUACCUCGCCUGUUUGGGGUUCGUGCGACAUACGAUGAACACGCUGUACUCGGAUCUUGCAGUCGUGUUGACAAAAGUCGUUGUGAACGCGCCCUCACCACCGACGACGAAAUCGCUGGGAGGGUCUGCUGAGAUGGGGGUGACGAAGAGGGGUAGGGAGAAGAGCCUUCUUGUGCGGCAGAACAUUACGGGAAUCGCCAGGGUUAGUGGGAAGCCUGGGGAGUGGAUAGUGGAAUCAACAUACACCUUUUCGCCAUCCACAGGCCUAAUUUAUAAAUACGUCAUCAACGUGAUCCGCCCUGCACCUCAUGUGGCCGUGUAUGAGUCCCUACGGGCGAGCAUGGGCAAGCUGCUUGGGUUGGGUCACGGUGGCGGUAGUGCGCCCAGUCCGAACGGGGCUGCGUGUAAGGGGGCGGGGAAGGUUUAG